GCACACACAUACACACACAAUCAUUUUCUAUCUCAGACGAUUGAAGAAAAUGAUUCACACGCUCGUUGUGUUCGUUUUAUGUUUUGUUCCUCUGAUUGAAGUGUUUGGCGCCGAGACCGAUGAGAUCGUGUCAGCGAUGGAGGGAGAUUCUUUCACUCUCAGAACCGGUCUCACAGAAAUACUGAGAGAUGAUGAGAUCGAGUGGAGGUUUGGAUCGAGCAGAACUCGUUUAAGCAGAAUAACAGCAGGAAACAUUACAACAUACAGUGAGGAGAAAUUCAGAGACAGACUGCAGCUCGACAGACAGACUGGAGAUCUCACCAUCACAAACAUCAGUAAUGGACACACUGGAGUUUAUCAGCUGAGCAUCAUUAUCAGGAAUAAGAAGUCAACCAAGCGAUUCGCUGUCAGUGUUUACGCUCCUGUGCCAAUUCCUGUAAUCUUCAGUGAUAUUUGGCAAUGUGCUUUAUCAUCUGAAAGAUCUUCGAGGAUCUUCCUGUGUUCAGUGUUCAAUGUGAGUCACGUGACUCUCUCCUGGUACAAAGGAAACAGUUUAUUGUCCAGCAUCAGUGUGUCUGAUCUCAGUAUCAGUCUCUCUCUACCUCUGGAGGUGGAGUAUCAGGAUAUAAACACCUACAGCUGUGUGAUCAACAAUCCCAUCACAAACCUGACCACACAUCUGGACAUCAGCGAACUCUGUCAAAUACAUUCAGACUGCGACCUUUGUUUCGACGCUCCUGAAGCUGUGAUCCGACUGGUCGUCACUGCUUUGAUAAGUGUAGCUGCUGUGACCGCUGUUGUUCUCCUGGUUAAUGACAUCAGAAGAACCGGAAGAACACAGACAAUGAAACGCUGAUGUACUUCAUAUUGUACAGCAAUAAUAAACAGUCUGUUUCUUUUCC